AUUGAAAUAUCGAUACUAUCGAUAUUCAGCAACAAAAUUACCCAAAAGAAGUUGCUGCUGUUGCUGCUGCACAAAAAAAAAAGGAAAAGCACAUAAUUUUCACAACACAGCACGCGCCUUACGAAAAACCCAGGCUGUGCAAAGCAAACAACAAUUUAAAAACAGUUGACAGGCGGCGCUGGCCCAGUGCAAUAGUCGCUGCUUGUGUGAGAAAGCUGGAAGCAUGUUGUGGACGGUGCAUCUCGAUGGUGGUCCGCAGCGCGUAAAUCAUGCAGCUGUGGGCGUCGGCGAAUUUAUCUAUAGCUUCGGGGGCUACUGCACCGGGGACGAUUAUCGCUUCAAUGAACCGAUCGAUGUGCAUGUGCUGAACGUGCACUCGAUGCGCUGGACUCUGGUGCCGCAGCAGUGUGACAGCGACGGGGAUCCGCUCAAGUAUCCGCUGGUGCCGUUCCAGCGUUAUGGCCACACUGUGGUUGCGUACAAGGAGCGCAUCUACAUUUGGGGCGGCCGGAACGAUGAACAUCUGUGCAAUGUGCUCUAUUGCUUCGAUCCAAAGACGGCGCGCUGGGCACGCCCGGCGGUAAGCGGUUGCCUGCCGGGCGCCCGGGAUGGACAUUCGGCGUGUGUGAUUGGCAAUUGCAUGUACAUAUUUGGCGGAUUUGUGGAUGAGAUCAAUGAGUUUAGCAGCGAUGUGCAUGCUCUAAAUCUGGAGACAAUGGAAUGGCGUUAUGUUCAAACGUUUGGUGUCCCGCCGACCUAUCGGGAUUUUCAUGCGGCCGUCGCAUACGAGGAGGAGCGCAUGUAUAUAUUUGGUGGGCGCGGCGAUAAGCAUAGUCCAUACCAUAGUCAGGAGGAGACCUACUGUCAUGAGAUUGUUUAUCUGGACAUGAAGACAAAGGUCUGGCAUCGACCCUUUACCGCCGGCAAGGUGCCUGUGGGUCGGCGCAGUCACAGCAUGUUUGUGCACAAUAAAUUGAUCUUUGUUUUUGGCGGCUAUAAUGGUCUGCUGGAUCAGCAUUUCAACGAUCUGUACACAUUCGAUCCGCGCACCAAACUCUGGAAUCUGGUGCGCGCCAAUGGCCAGGCGCCGACGGCCAGGCGACGUCAGUGUGCCAUUGUCAUGGGCACGCGCAUGUUCCUCUUUGGCGGCACCAGUCCUCGCUGCUCCAUGCCACAAUCGCAGAGCUCAGUGUUGCGCGGCAAUGAGUUAACGCAGCCGCCGGCUGCGCCGCCACCGCAACAGCAGCCAGCAGCAGCGCCACCAGCAGCAGGAGCAGCUGCAGCGGCAGCUGCAACCACCACACUGAUUGACUACAGCGAUCUGCAUGUGCUGGACUUUGAGCCCACGCUGAAAACGCUUGCCACGAUGGUGGUGCUGAAAUAUCAGCUGGACAUUUCCGGCUUGCCGCGCAGUUUUCGGGCGGAUCUUAACAUGCUGACACAGCCGAACAGUAUUACCCGACCCAUCAAUCAGGCCGGCUAGCAUUUAUUGUUCAUGUUGGAAAUAGAUAAAAAUACAAUCGAUUGAUGCCGCCUGGUGCUCGGAUCGUCGCCCCCUUGUCGUUUUUCAGCGAAUGCCACAAAACAAAAAACAAGCAAACAAAAAAAAAAAACAUAACAAAGAGAAUGCGUUAAAAAACAUCAUGAGAUAACAACAGUUAUUUAGCUUAAUUUACAUGCUUUUUCCACAACGCUUGAUGGAAGCGGAUUGCACUAGUCCCAGUAGUCGAGCAAUGCAUCCGAUCUAUUCCAAAAGUGCUCGAAAUAUCAAAUGACACCACACACACACACACACACACACAUGCAUACACAGAAAGAGAGAGAGAGAGAGAAAGAAAGAGAGAGAGAGAGAGAGAGAGACACUCGCACACACUCAGACUCGCACACACGGACACUGAAACUAGUAAUAAACAAUGCAGUUUUAGAAACUUGCUUGGACUUACAAUUACAUAAUUAGCUCUAGUUUGUAAAGUGUUUAUAUAUAAUUAUCUUAAAUAAAAAUCGCAUAUUAUUAUUAUUGAAAA